AAUUUAAUAAUUAUUCUGCUUUUUUCAUAACAUAAAAAAUAAAAUCAUAACGAAUGUAAACUAUCGUAUUAUUUAGUAUUGCCCUUCCUUGACCUGAAGAAGAGGCGUAUCACUUACGGUGACGUCAGCUAGGUAGAGAUGUCAUGGCGUCUUUGGAACCGGAGCAAGAGCUGCAGUCUAGUUAGAAAACAGCUUUGUCGUAAAUCGGCAUGGAGAAAAGUGCAAACCUGCAUCGAGAUCUUGGAGGAGGUACUCCGUGCUUAACGAUAGCCGGGGAAACGAGCGACAUAAAAGCGCCUGAAGUAGUGAAAGCAACUGUCGAUAGCUGCAAGAAUAGCGAGCCUUCUGUGCUCAGUACUUUGGUGGCUAGUAGUGGCGCCAGUAGUCUUUCAGCAGACACUGCCAGUGCCCUAGCUGGUGUUCAGAAAUCAGAUGUCCGAAUGGAAAUUUACGAUUCCCCUCCUGCUCAGAACAGGAACACGCAAUCCACCAGUCUAUCGGAAAAGCAGUCCGAACCGGGGGACUACCAGAGCAACGGGAUGGAGUGCAGCCUGGCUUCGGUCCCAAAGGAGAUGGACGGUACCACCUCAAAGUUGGUAAAUAAAUCAGACAGUGACUCUCCGGAGAUACAUGCACCAACUCCUGGGAUUACACAUGUGCAAACUGGGGAUCUUAACUGUGAGCCUGCAGAGCAGACUAAGAUGUUGCCACCGACGCAUCUGUGUCCUGGAGAAACAAGUUUAGUUACCAGUAAAUCGGAGGAUAUCAUUUCCAGCGAUCACGCCGGAUUCGAGGGGCCGGCGAGUGGAAGCGAACAGAGCCCUGCGGCUGAUUCCCGAAGCUUUGAUUCUUUGGAAUCCUUCUCAAAUCUCAACUCAUGUCCCAGUUCCGACCUGAACAGUGAAGGAAUAGAGGACAAAGUGCUGGCCAUCGCUCUUCAAAACGACGAGUUUGGGCCAGAUGGACCCAAAGUCCCGUGCACUAAGGACCGGGGCGCCGGCCAAUCUAUAUAUCACAUCAAGUGGAUCAAGUGGAAAGAAGAAAACACACCGAUCAUUACACAAAACGAGAACGGGCCGUGCCCAUUAUUGGCUAUUAUGAAUGUCCUUUUGCUGGCACGGAAGGUCAAGAUGCCGCCAAUGAUUGAGAUCAUAACAGCGGAGCAGCUGAUGGAGUAUCUCGGUGACUACAUCCUUGAUGCCAAGCCAAAGGAGAUCUCCGAGGUCCAGCGGCUCAACUAUGAGCAGAACAUGAGCGACGCCAUGGCUGUCCUGCACAAGCUCCAGACGGGCCUGGACGUCAACGUGAAGUUCACGGGGGUGCGUGUCUUCGAAUACACGCCCGAGUGCAUCGUCUUCGACCUGCUGGACAUCCCACUCUAUCAUGGCUGGCUGGUGGACCCCCAGAUGGAUGACAUUGUGAAAGCAGUGGCCAACUGCAGCUAUAAUCAGCUGGUGGAGAAGAUUAUCUCUUGUAAACAGUCGGAAAACAGCGAGCUUGCUGGAGAAGGCUUUGUGGCGGAGCAGUUCUUGAACAGCACAGCCACGCAGCUGACGUACCACGGCCUGUGCGAGCUGACGUCCAGCGUCCAGGAGAGCGAGCUCUGCGUCUUCUUCAGGAACAACCAUUUUAGCACCAUGACCAAGUUUAAGGGCCAGCUUUACCUGCUGGUGACUGAUCAGGGCUUCCUGACCGAGGAGAAGGUGGUCUGGGAGAGCCUGCACAACGUGGACGGAGAUGGCAACUUCUGUGACUCAGAAUUCCGCCUGCGGCCACCGUCAGACCCGAACACAGUGUACCACGGUCAGCAGGACCAGAUCGACCAGGACUAUCUGAUGGCCCUGUCACUGCAGCAGGAGCAGCAGAGCCAGGAUCUGACCUGGGAACAGAUCCCAGAGGGCAUCAGCGACCUGGAACUGGCUAAGAAACUGCAGGAGGAGGAAGAUCGCCGCGCCUCCCAGUUCUACCAGGAGCAGGAGCAGGCGGCACAAGCACAGGCACACCGGCUGCCAGCAGGGGGCGAGGCGGCCUCCGUGGCAGGGGCAGGGACGGGGGAAGCGACAGGGGGUUCGACCGCUGGCACAGCCCCCAGCCCCGGGAAGCAGCCCAGCACUGGGGAGCGAAAACACAAGAAGGAAGCCAAGGACAAAGACAAGUGUGUCCUGCUGUAAUGAGGAGUGGGGCUGGAGGGAGGUCAACAGAAGGGGGCGCUCUAUGCCCAGCUGACAUAUAAUGCACAGCCCCCUUACGGAGGAGAUGGCAGAGUAAGAAGGAGCAGUGAACUCCAGAGGAGCAGGGAGUUUUUUAAGUUCACAUGCCACCUGUGCCUGAUAUCCUUGUACCCACUUUGUUGUUUUUUAUAUCGGUAUGGAAAGCUAAGGGAUCGGCACUAUAACUUAAUAUUAUGAAUAUGAAGAGGUGGCCGAAGCUGUAAGCCACACGUCGCACUACAUCAGGAAGAGGGGGCAGAGAAUUAAACUGGAUCUCUGCGCAGUCGGUGCUCUAUGGGGAAGUAACACAUGCUCAUCUUUUAUUUCAGGCAGUUUGUAAGCUGUUUUAUGUGACAUGGGUUUAGAAGUAUGUAGGAGCGCCUACAGCAUUUGAUUUUGUUGACUUGUUGCUUUUUAAAAAUAGCCUUUUAAUUUCCGUGCAAACAUGUUUGGCCCUGGCGGCUCGCGGGGCCUGGAUGCCGGCCGGCUCUGCGGAGCCAGAUGUGUCUCGCACUGCGCCAAACGGCUGCCACUCACAGAACGGCACCCCCUCGAGUCUGAGCGGCCCACAUAAUCCUAGCUUGUUUCACUGCUUAAAGUUUUUCUGCAUAUGUUUACAAGUUUCUCUGCAUCGUGGCGGGUUCCAGUCAAUGUGGCCGACAGGGACAUAAACCCAUGCUUAGAAACACGAGAAGAGAACGUCAGUCCCCCUUCCUGAAGCUGCCAACGGGGGUGCCCUCCACGGGGCCCUUGGCGGUGCCAGAAUGUCCGCUGGUGGCAGUAGCUUCACUGGCAUCCAGAUGGGCAUUGAUGCCUUCCCUGGAUGAUCUCUGCUCUGUCAUCUCUCAAGAUCCAGGUCUGCCUUACUCCAGAACAUGCACGCAAACUGUAGGAGAAUCUGUAUCUAGUUAGGGCGUGUGUGCGUGCGUGUGUAUGUAUGUGUAUCUACUGUACAUACAUGUAUGUGUGUGGUUUCAAGUGAAUGUCAGUGUUUAUAAGAGGGAACCUUCACUACAGCAAUGUUGCAUUUCAGAUUAAUUUCUACUUUACGCAGGUGUGUGACUUAAAGGAGGGGAAGGCAGGGGGGCCGUAGUGGCCGAAAUUACUUUAUUGACGUCGCAGUAUCAGUCCAGCACAGAUAAACACGACUGCGGGAAGUGGUGUGUAUUGUGGAAGUUCAGGCCCAAGCAAUCUCCCGGAAGGUGUACCCAGUGACAUAGAAGGACGUUUGUCUGCAAGGCAGAAGUUCCAUCUGCAGUAAAAAGGCAGCUGUUCCCAUGGGCCUGUCGAUUUGCGUUCCCCUUUAAGAAGGGAGCCGAAGGGAAACCACACCAGUCGGUGUACCUGACUUGGCAAAGUGCCCGUGACACUCAUCUACUGCAGGGCACCAUCCUGUUAUCUACGUUACGUUUAACUCGCAACUGAAGUUCUGAUUCUAACAGUUCAGCUUCAGCUCUCCCUACAUCUCACUUUUUAAAUAUGUGCAUAUACACACUUUAUAAGAGUAUAUAUAAUAUGUAUGUAUAUAUAAUGGUUGGUACUGCCAAUUUCUGAGCAACUAAUUCUUGGUCUUUCUACACAUUCCAGCUGAAUGCCUUCACUGAAAUAGCGAUGUAGUGUUUCUUGGGUUUAGAAGUAAAUAGCUCCACUAUUAUAUGCGAGAGUUUUGGUAUUUCUGUUAUCGGUCUGUUAUGUGGUCAGUCCCCAGGGGCCUAAUGUUCUCUGUAUAUAAAAAAGCCUUAUACAACAUUAAUUGAUUUUUUUAAAUUAUUUUAAUGGACAAUGAUGCAUUAUCAGAAAGAGACAAUCUGUAGCUGUUGACAGACACCAGAAAUACUCUCAGGCCCUGUGAGAAUGGACAAAUCCUUGAGUGGCUGGAGAUGUUCAACUUAGUUGCUUUAUACGACUGCCCCAUUUAGUGAACAUCGGUGAGAAGUGUUCCUGUUGGGCCCCCCCCAUGCAGAGAAGGUGUCAUGAUAGUAUUUGUGUUCGGGGAUGAAAAUGUGUACACAGGCAUACAAGCGUUUGCGCAGGUUAUCACACUGGAUCGCUUUAACAUGUAACUAUCAUGGUAAUUAGAAUUUUCUCCCCCUCCCCCCCCCCACAACAGUACUUUGUCAAGCUCACCAAGGCUGUCGUAUUUAUAGACGUUUAAACUUUCUUGACAAUGUACUGGAGGACCUCUAUGUAGUAAAAGGAUGUUGCAUUGCAUUGAAGAUCCCAUAGAGGAUCCUUCCGCAGAAGGGAAUUGAAUUCCCCACUCUCCAUAAGCGCGCAUAAUCUAAGCAAGUCUAUAUACUGUGCUUUACCAUAUUGACUGCAGUAGACGUUAGCGUUCUGUAACACGCCAUCUUCAAAGGGCUAGAUCAGCCUUUGGAGAGGAGUGGGGGUGACGUGCCAUGCUAUUUAUUUUUUAAUCCCAAUUCAUCAAGCAAGAACAUAGCUGACCCAGAAGGGAAGGUGCAAUUAUACUUGUUAAUGCCAGGUCAAAACCACAGUGAUUCUGUUUCUUGUGAAACGGGUGGUGGAAGUGGCCAAUCAGAUCUCAUGCUUUCUGUCAGAAUGGUCUGGCCCGGGACGUUGGCGGAGGUCUGCGUGCUUUGGGUUGUCUGUCUGUUUUGAGCCAUCUCAGAGGCAGACACUGCUGCUGCCACGGCUUUUUCUACAGAUGUUUGACUUCCUCUCAGUCACCUGUUUUUGCUGAUGUUCACUAAAUAUUCAACAUUUUCACUUGCUUAGUUGCUUCUUUUUCUGAAUGGAUUGAAGUGAAAUAUUAGGGAUUGAGGCGCAAGUUCUGCAGUUUAUUUGAUGUUACAAAGGUGACCCUUGAACCUCGAAGUUGGUCUUGCACUGGUACACAGAGGCACCACUACAGAACUAAUAUUAAAUACCUCAUUUUAUACUUCAUGCAAUGCACACAAGUGGUUAGCAGAAUAGCGGGUCGACACGCAGAUAGUAUGAGGUACCAGUCGGCAGAAAGUCAGAGGGAUGCAAUUUUCAGACUGAGGAUGAUGGAUUUUGGCCAAUGGGAAGCAGCAAAUCAAAAUUGCAAAUAGGGCAGAGAGAAGUGAAAAAGCUGAAUCGCACACAGAGGUUCUGCAGAUGCUGCAGCAGUUAGAACCCAAUGCAGGCCUGACUGAACAGAUUCAUUUGAAGGAUUGGCAGAAUGUAAACAUGGGUAAAAUGCCACUGUUACAAGCCAACACAUCCAGCCUUUUUAUAUGUGCUUGAAUGCAUUUUCAGUGUACCUGCCCCAAGUAUAAUUGAUGUUGCCAUUUUAUUUGUGAUGCAUGAAAUCAUAGUGCUGAAUACAACACUAGGGAUUAAAUGUCCCACAAAAUGUUCAACUGUUGAAAGCCUGGAAAGCUUCGGUUAUAAAAGGGUCAAACACACUAUUGUAAGGUUCCGUUCAUACACAAGUGACCAAAUGUAGCCUCUAUUAUAGUGUCACAAAAUGUAGAUGCAGGUAAUUCUUGGAGUGUGUUUCCUAUCACUUGCAUUUUCAGUUUGUUAUAAAAAAAAAUGCCUUUGACAAGGGAUACAUAGCCUGAUGACAUUAAAAUAUAUAGACAGCGA